CAGUGACGGGCAGUGGGAGCGGAAGGUUAAAACCAGCGCAACGAUAACGAUAAAGACCCCGGUCCAAUCGAGCGGUGAUCGCAGAGUUCCGUCCUCUGGCGCUCUUCACCCGCCCUCGGUUUAAGCCGCCGCCGGCAGAGAGAGCGAGAGAGUGGGUGGGUGUGAGCAAGCGAGCGAGCGUGUGAGUGAGGGGGGCGGUGCCGGACAGGCCCAGAUUCUCACACGCGCGCCUGGCGCAUUUACCCGCGCGGCCGCGGCUCCUCCUCUCCUCGCCGCCACCGCGGCUCCUCCUAACGAAAACCCGAGGAGGAAGGCCUCCGCGCAUCAAGGAGCAGUCGGCUACGGGGAAGGGGAAGAAGGGAGGGGGAUGGUUUAGCAUUGGAGAAAAGUUGGUGAGCUGCAGAAAUUAGCAUUUAUUCGUAACGGUCCUCUGCGUGAAUUCUGGGAACCAAGGGAGGCCGUGAAAGGUGUGUCCUCCCCUUCCCCCUCCACUCCCCCUCUGGGGUAGGUUUUAGAGGUUUUCUAAACAGGGUUGUCCCCUCCCAUAGAUUACCAAUACCCUAUAUAUAAUAUGUAGUUGGGUGUAUUCAGGAUCUCAUAAACGUUGAGGCACCGUGGUUACAGAAAUCAAGACGAAGCCUGAACUCAUCGGUGGAUGUUGUUUUAAAACUGGAGGAUUAAUGCUGCUUGUUCCGAAGACGAGCGAUGGGCGUCGGUUUGCGGAAAUAGAACUUGAGCCGCGGAUAUUUUUAGUGCGGGAGGUGUUUUUUUAGCACCUAAACAUCCUGACUCUAGUGAUAAGCAUUAUUGCUUGGUGAACUGCUGUGUGUAUAUCCAAUUUUCCAGUUUUGCUUCUUCGAGCAUCUUGAAGUGCCUCCCGAAUAUUGAACAAAUCAUCCAGUGUUGCAUCAUCUGAAUGCCACGAAGUGCAUUUUAAAAUUAUUGUCAAGGAAGAGCCUCCAGAUGACUAUGAAUAUAACCAUGUAGCAGACUCUGUAAUCCUUGAUUGUGAUGGAUUAAAACGUUAAGAAGAUAAAGAAUUUUACAAAAUUAAAUUAUGAACAAAAGCUCCAUCAAUGAUGUGGAUGCAACUUCAUCUGCAGCUACCAAACAGCCACUAAUCAAACCUAUAGGAGUAGCUAAACCCAAAAUGCAGAGUGUGGAAUGUACCAAAGUGCCCGUAGUUCACUUGGAACCGUGUAUUUUUACAAAUGUCCCCGUAAAUAUUUCUGAACUGCCACAAAAGCUACUGUCUUCUUGUCGGAGAAAAGGGGAACCUAUACCCAUUGUUCUCCAGCACCCCAAUUCUGCAAAAAAACCUACCCAUUCAUUUAGCUCUGCUGAAAAUUCUCAAGUGGAGAAUGUGGAUUCAAAAUCCAUAUGCUCCGGACCCAAAAAGAAUAGCUCUGCAUCAGAAAAAAACAUGAAUGAAACCAGGACUUCCACAGUUUCAAAUAAUCCAACUGCUUCAGAUGGUACGCCCCCUGAGAAAUCUUCUGGAGAAGAUUUCAGUUUUCGUAAGAUAAAAUAUACAGAAAAGGCAUUAAAUUCUGGGACCUGGAAAACUCCAAGCAGAAUAUUUCGUGAUUCUGCUGAGAACUCACCCGAGGAACCUGUUUGUUCUAAAUCUGCACGUUUGAAUACCAAGGCAUUCAGUUCUGGGAUCUGCAUACCUCCAGAUGGUGGGACUGACUCGACUGCCGAAACUUCCACACCCCACAUCGAAAGCAAGUCUUUAGGCCUGUCGGAGCAGCAAGCCACAGUGGGUGCUCAUACGCAAGGUCGAAGAAAAAAACUGUGUUUGUCUGCAGAACCUUCUCAAUCUGUCUUGAGGUCUUCUCUUGCUUCCUCUAAACAUCUAGAAUGUGACAAAACAUUUAAUGAUGCCAGUCCAGACCUGGACGAUGUGGAGGGUGCUUCCUUUGUUCCAUAUGCAUCACAGGAAAACAGUAAGGAGAAUAACAAUGGAACAGUUACAGCAUGCAAGUUGAACAGGUGUAAGAACUCUACUGCCAUGAAAGGGGUCGGAGUCAUAGUCGGAAACACAAGAAAUCAAGGAGUCGGAGUCGGGAGUUUUGGGUAUCGACUCCACAGCCCUGUCCAAUACCCAGAUGGCCAGAUUAUCCAACUUGUGCCUCUGCCAAAUCCUGGAUCAAAUCUCCACCAAGAGGUCACUCUUGCUGUACGGAAUCCAGGCUCAGGGAGUGAAAAUCAUCUGCCUACCCCAAUAAAAUCUUGUUCGGUGGCUUCAUCUCCCAAGAAUGUCACUCCAUGUCCGAAAGUGACAAUACCAAAAAGAGGAAGGCGACGUUCAACCCCCGAUGUAAAACCAGCCUGUGUUGCUUUGCAAACCUCUACUCCUCAACAAAUUUCUGCAGUAGUCUCAGAGGUACCUGUUCAAACUACUUCACAGGCUAAGUUUGAAGCUGUUAAUGGAGUUGGUCAAACUAUCAAUGCAGGCUCUGAGAAGACUGCCAACCAGAAUAGCAAAUCAGAAGAGAAGUUGAUUGAGCCUGGGCGAGAGGAGAUUCAUGUUGCCGAUUCUGAGCUUAUUGAGACAACGGUGUCUCAGAGUGUACCAGAUGAGGACCAUGUAAAUGCUGAUCCAUUGCCAGAAGUUAAACAGGCGACUGUUGCAUUUCCUUCCACGCCUUUAGUCCGUGAGGUGGACGAUGAGUUGGAAGAUGAUUCUAUGGACCAUCAAAAUGCAUUAGAACACCUUACUCCAGCAGAAUUAGUUGACCAUUCACACACUAGUGAAAAACAGAUUGUAGAAGAUGAAAAUGAAAAUUUUGUACUGGAUAAUUCCACAAGAACUGCAAAAGGAAGUGCUGUUGAUAAAGAUUCUUCCAGAUCUAACCAUGAAGUGGUUGAUAAGGAACCAGAGGAAAUGCCCAGUAUGGAGGAGAAAAAUCGGUUGCAAGAUGAACAGAUGGAAGUGGAGAUGGAAGAUAAAACAUGUUGCUUUGAAGCAAGUACAUUUAAUGUUCCACUUAAAAGGGGAGAAGAUAUGCAAAAAAAUCCAGACAAUGAGGAACUAAACUUUCAUCAAAAAUUACUGCAAAAUGAAAACUUUCUGGACACUGAUAAAGAUACUGACUCUCAGAGUCAUCUGGUGGAUGCUGACAGUCAAGGUGAUGCAGAGAAAAUUGACGUUGUGAGAAUGUUUGACUCAAACUCCACUGAAGAGCCAAUGGACAUCGAGCCUGUGGAGAAACCCUCUGAGAAAAUCAACAUUGCUCUUCUUACUACUUAUGCCUCUCAUCUUAGGAGCAAAUCAAACAUCUUGAAAUGCCUCCCGAAUAUUUAUUCAACAAAUCCAUCCAGUGUUGCAUCAUCUGAAAACUAUGGUGGGCCUUUUAAAAUUAUUGUCGAGGAAGAGCCUCCAGAUGACUAUGAAUAUAACCAUGUAGCAAACCCAGUAAUCCUUGAUUGUGAUGGACUGAAAUGUAAAGAGAAGGAAUUUUUUGAUUCAGAAGGAUGGGAUGGUGGAACUAAUUGUGAUUUACAAAGUAAAACUAUGAACAAAAGCUCCAUCAAUGAAGUGGAUGCAACUUCAUCUGCAGUUACCAAGCAGCCACUAAUCAGUCCUAUAGGAGUAAUUAAAGCAAAAAUGUUGAGUGUGGAAUGUACCAAAGUGCUUGCAGUUUACUUGGAGCCGUAUACUUUUACAAAUGGCACCAUAAAAAUAUCUGAACUGCCACAACAGCUACUGUCUUCUGGUCGGAGGAAAGGGAGACCUAUACCCACUGUUCUCCAGUCCCCCAAUUCUGCAAAAGAAACUAUCCAUUCAUCUAGCUCGGCAGAAAAUUCUCAAGUGGAGAAUGUAGAUGCAAAAUCUGUAUGCUCCGGACUCAAAGAGAGUGGCUCUGCAUCAGAAAAAAACGUGAAUAAAACCAGUACUUCCACAGUUCCAAAUAAUCCAACUGCUUCACCUGGUACGUCGCCUGAGAAAUCUUCUGGAGAAGGUUUCAAAUUUCGUAAGAUAAAAUAUACAGAAAAAGCAUUCAAUUCUGGGAUCUGGAGAACUCCACAGGAUGCCCUGCAAUCCCACGUGGUUGAACAUGUGGCAGAAGAGCCAAGCAAUCCCAUUCAUCCGACAGCAAAUCCUCAAGAAAGUGAAGAGGAGAAAAUUGAGGAGAAAAAAGAGGAGACAAUUGAACAGCUGGAAGAGCAGCUGCUUGAGGACCUUAGUCAUGUAGACCCCAUAGUUAUUACGCACCCAUUGCGUGAAAAAGAAGAAGUUUCCUUUGUUUCAAGAACAGGAAAAACAAAUGAUUUCACCAAGUUGAAGGGUUGGAAGCAAAAACUUCAGGGUCUACUAUUUCCAAGGUUGAAGGGUGGGAAGCGACAACAUUCAGGAUCUAUUUCCAAGCAGAAUCAAACAAGUGCAAAACCAGAGUACUCCUUAAAAAAUACUUCUGAUGUCUCAAGUGACAAAUCAGAUGAAUACCUGGAAAAUGAAGAGAAAAUUGCUCAACAGAGUGCUGCUCUGUGCAUGAACAAAGCAUCAAACGUUGUAUAUCAAAUGCCUCCCAAAAGUUCCAGUUACGUCCACACGUUGGAUAGUGUAUUAAAAUCUCAGUCACCCCAAGAUGACUGUAGAGGGUCUCGCACAUCCACUCGAACUUCGGUUUCUCCGCAACCCAUUUCUGUUGGCUCUGUUUCCAAAAACACCAAGCAGAUUGAGAUGACGUUGGGACCUGUCGCGGAUAGCAAAGAGCAGAAGUCUGCAAACAAUACAAAGGAAUCCUCGACACCAGCUAAAUCAGCAGCUAAAACCAGUUUGCCGCCGUCCUUUGCACCUAUGAGUCCUCCUCGGUUAUCCAAAAAGCAGAUAGAAUUGAUGAUUCUGGAGAAUCGUGCCCUCUGGGUUGAGAAACCAAGGACUUGCAUCACAGAGGAGCGAGCAGAUGCAUCCCUUGUUCCUCUGCUAGCAGCACAGGCAAAGAGCAAGGGAAAUAACAGUGGAACAGUUACCGUAUGCAAGUCGAACAGGUCUAGGAACUCUACUACCAUAGAAGCAAUGGAGUCUGAGAAAUUGGACGGUUUUGAAACCAAUUCAAUGCCACCAAAUGCUGCUCAGACAACCAAACGGAAGCAAACAGAGAAGACAGAUUCGCCGUUACACUGUGACAGUCCACAAGAAGAGAGGACUAGUUUUCAGUCAGAAACGCCACAAUUAUCGGUGGAGACAAAGAAUACAUCCAAACUGAUUGAAAUUAUUUCAGAUUGUAACUGGGAUUCAGAACGCUCCAAUAUUUUUGGAUUUCUUGCUCGAUAUAGGUAUAUCGAGCAAGAGACCUUUGGAGAAAAUAAGAGACCUUUGGAGAAAAUAAGAAUUGGCAAUUUCGUAAUUGAAAUUGUGUCAAAUUAUGGAAAAAAUCGAGAUCCUUCACCUGGACCUGUGCUGAUUUCUAGCUUUGUGGUAAAGAUUUCCCAGUCCAGUGAAAAAGAGGGAAAUGGCAAAUGCAAUAUGUCUGUUCCAAUCACCACCCAAUCUCCUGGAAUCCAGCUGACUGAAACACCACCAAAUGCACCAAAAGAAACGUUACCAACACCUACCAAAUGUACAGUGCAGGAAAAGGAGUUCACUGGAAAUGGCAAUGGUGGUACGAAGCUGACACUAGGACACAUUGGUGCUCUUCAUCCAGUGAAUUGGGUGACAGCUAACCAUAAAAAUAAAAUAAAAGUAGUUGAACAAUUCAAGAUGUCCUCCUCCAGUACGGUUGCCUCAUCAGCUGCUGCUCAUUUACCCUCAAAACAUCUGACAACUUGUUCGACAUCCUCUGGCAAUGACGUUUUAUGUGAUACCAAUGAUGCCACUCCUGUUAACCAGUCCAAAGAGGAUUAUACUUCUAACAAGUACACUCAUCCUGUAAUAAAUAAAGUUGGAGGUUUGUGGAAAACAAAAUCAUCUUUCAGUACAUUGGAGCCAGUGCUUAGCAGGCAGCAGCUUGAUACUCCAUUAUCGACUGUCAGCACUAAUGUGUCGGCAGGUAUUUCACCAUUAACAACUGUUGGGGCUAUGUCAGCUACCUCAGGUUCUGACUCUGUCAUGCCUGGUGCAUUGCAAAAGAGCAUUUCAAUGGUUGCAGAAAGCACAGGUGCUGUCUACACAGCUGGAUCCCGUUUAUUAAAGAUCUUGGAGAUUACAGAUGCUGUAGGGGCACAAUUCUCUGGAAUAUCAGCAGCAAAGAGACUUAGGGAAGAGAGUGUAACUGCAAGCAUAGUUGAAACUACAACAAAAAGUACAUCAUCUACUCAUUUCACUGUUAUAUCUGCAAGUGCUUCAGGAGUCAGCACAAUGCCAACGUUAACUAAAGAGCUUUCCCCCAGUGCCUCUACCAAAACUGCUACUGCUAUAACAAAUACUGUAGAUACAAGAACAAUCAUUAUGUCAGUAGCAUCGAUGGUGAACAAGACUCCAGGAGUAUCUAAACAUCCUGAAACUUCCAACUCCACUCCUCCUGAUUUGUCUAAUGCCACAGAAACUGACAGAUCUCAGCACCUUUUGAUCCCAGUGCAGUCUACCACCACUGCCCGGCCUGCACAGAAUCUGCAACACACAACUGGACAGAAGAUUAUACUGCAGCCCCUCAGAUUUCCAGAUGGGAAACUCUUCCAACAUCCAAAUGGCCAGAUUAUCCAACUUCUGCCUCUACCAAAUCCUGGUCCAGUGAGUCGACCAAAUCUCCACCAAAUGGUCACUCUUGCUGAACCGAAUCCAGGCUCAGUGAGUGGAAAUUGUCUGCCUACCCCAAUAAAAUCUUGUUCGAUGGCUUCAUCUCCAAGCAAUGUCAUUCUAUGUCCUAAACAGAUGAUACCAAAAAGAGGAAGGCCACGUUCAACCCCUGUUGUUUUUCCUACCCCAAUAAAAUCUUGUUCGAUGGCUUCAUCUCCCAGCAAUGUAAUUCUAUGUCCUAAAGGGAUAAUCCCACAAAGAGGAAGGCCACGUUCAACACGUGUUAUAAAUCCAACCUGCGUUGCUUUGAAACAAACCUUUACUCCUCAACCCAUUUCUGCAGUAGCGUCAGAGGUACCUGUUAAAACUACUUCACAGCCUCCGAUUGUAGCUGUUAAUGGUGUUGGUCAAACUAUCAGUGCAUGGCAUCUUGUUCCCCUUCAACCAGUGGGAUUUGCUCUGCUGCAGCUGCCUCAAGGAAUGUCAAAUCCCAUCGUAACUGCUGGACAGUCAUUGAAGCUUGUGAAUCAGUCAUCUGGUUCACAGUCAUUUGAAAAAGCAGGCUCUGAGAAGACUGCCAACCAGAAUAACAAAUCAGAGGAGAAGUUGAUUGAACCUGGGCUAGAGGAGAUUAUUGUUGCCGUUUCUGAGCUUAUUGAGACAACGGUGUCUCAGGGUGUACCAGAUGAGGACCAUGUAAAUGCUGAUCCAUCGCCAGAAGUUAAACAGGCGACUGAUGCAUUUCCUUCCACUCCUUCAGUUAUUGAGGUGGACGAUGAGUUUGAGGAUGAUUCGAUGGACCAUCAAAAUGCAUUAGAACACCAUACUCCAGCAGAAUUGGUUGACCAUUCAUACACUUGUGUAAAACAUAUUGUGGAAGAAGAAAAUGACAAUUCUGUACUAGAUAAUUCCACAAGAACUGGAAAAGGAAGUGCUGUUGAUAAAGAUUCUUACAGAUCUAACCAUGAAGUUGAUAAGGAUAUGCUAAAAAAUUCAGAGAAUGAGGACCUAGACUUUCAUCAAAGGUUACUGCGAUAUGAAAACUUUAUGGACUCUGAUAAAGAUACUGACUCUCAGAGUGAUCUGGAGGAUGGUGACAGUCAAAGUGAUCCAGAGGAAAUGGACGAGAGAAUGUUCGACUCAACCUCCAGUGAAGAGGGAAUGGACAUCGAGAAUAUGGAGGAAAUCUCUGACAAAAUCAACAUUGAUCAUCUUAUUGCUUAUGCCUCUCGUCUUACAAGCAAAUCAAAAUGCCAUUUCAACAACCCAUACCUUGCAAAUAAAUUGGAUGAGGUGGUGGAAGGCGACAUCAAAUCCAAGCCAAAACACAUUGCUAAUCUCAGUAAGGAAGCACAAGCUCAGCUGGAUGCUCUGAUGGAGUGGCGGAGCACGCGCACAGAAAAUGAGCGGCAGAGGCGUUCUGAGUUGCGAGACCUCUUUGAAAAGUUGAAGAAAACUUUGGCCAUUCGCGGGGAGGAAAAAGCUUCAAAAUACUUUAUCCUGAAGCAGGCAUUUGCAGAAAUCCAGAAUCUGCAGAAUGAUUCUGAUUGUUUAUCAGCUGGGGAAAGUGUCCAGACUCGCAGAAGGGAUUCUCUUCUUCAAAAAAUCUCUCUAUUGACAGGACAGACUGAGGAAGUUAUUUUGAAAAAUCUGGAAAAUAACUGCGCACUAGAUGUUGAGAAGAGAACGUCCAUGCAGGAAGGAGAUGACGCAAGUGAACAGCAUUCCGUCAGUGGGAAUACAGCAUCUAUAUCAUCUAUGGACUCUCUACCGAAGGUGGCCAUGGAUUUGCAAAUUCAGAAACCACCCAAUGUCACUAUGCUUUGUGGUGGACAGGACUUAAUGUCUGAGGCUAGUCGUGCAAAACCUCUUAUUCUCACCAGGAAACAUUCAUCAACUCCCCAGUCUUCAACCUCCUCCAUCCCGCUGACAACUGGAAGUUUGCUGAUGACACCACAGGAUCACGUUCCGACUUUAAAGGGUCCUCUUAUUUCGGACCAAACUCCAUUCUUCACUGCUGAGGGACUCCUAAAUGAAAACCAGUCCAAGGGAGAUGGUGUUACUGGAGCAAGUAUUGCAGAUGAUGAAGUGUCUUCAUUCAUGAUGCCGAGAAUAGUGAAUGUAACGUCAUUGGCAACUGGCGAAUCCCCAUUGCUGAAUCCAGAAGAAGCGAAUGAUUCUUGUGCACUGUCACGUGAUUUCAGCAUGAAAGGGAGGAAGUAUACAUCACAAGAACAGCUCAGUCCUAUGACCAGUAAGAAACCAAGUCUGUCCAUUAUAAAGAGCAACUCGCAGUCAUCUGAGCAGUUUACUGCACCUGAUGAAAGUGAGGCCAUGUAAUUUCUUGUUUCAUCAGAGGCCACAGAAUCCGAAUGUGCCCAGCAACAAACCCAACAGACUGCAGAUUCUCGUUCAAUGAAUGCUGACAAUAACGCUGAGUUACCCAAAACGCUGGAUCUGUCUGAUUUGCCUGAUGGAACCGCAGUGUCUUGUGCAAGGCAUUCUUCGAAUCAAGAUUUGAUCCCAGGAGAGUCAACAUCUGUGACUGAGAUAAUACUUGGAGAUAAAUUGGAACUGCAGGUUAUGAAUGGCCGAUUGCAGGCAUGCAGUAUGGACAAAGCUGGUGGGCAGUGACAGAGAUGCAGAACUAUCAGCAUCUCAGCUCCUCGAACCAUUGUUGAAAGCAAAUGGCUCAGCAACUGGUGACAUGGAGGACACUGAGAGAUAUGAGCCAUUCACUUUACUUUUAAAUGAGCUUGCAUUUUUAAAUCAGCAUUUCCCCGAUGAAGUCCAGAUACAUCAAUGUCAGACCACCACACAUUGGGCUUUAUUGACAUUGGAAACCGAGGGGACAGCAUGGAUGAAUUGUGGAUCCAUGGACCAGUAAGACUGAUGGACAUCGAUGCUGUUGACAGAACGACAGUGGAAGGGAGGGAGUGUGGUGGCUCCACGAGUCCCCAGGUGUUGCAGCUGGAAGGAAAAGACUUGAAUGUUGAACAAUUGCGUAGCGAUGAGAUGCCUGUAGAUUCACAGAGUGAGUUAGAUAAUUGCAUGCUGGACUUUGAGGGCAACUCUGCGAGUGGUUCAAACAGUUCAGUAAACGUUUCUCCUCCCCCACUCAUCCAUAUGAAGACAACUUCCUCUUCAACAAAUACAGAGAUCCCAAGUUCUUUGGAUCUGCUCUGGAGACCCAUGCCUAAGCUGGCACCACUUGGUUUAGUUAAUGGCCUGUCCUACUUUCACGACCUAAUUCACGACCUCUGCCGAGUUUGCCCUUGACUCAUACUCGCAGCAUGGUCGUCACGAGGUCAUAGGAGGUCCUAGCAGGUCGUGAUGCUAGUCGUAGGUACUCGAGGCAUCAAGUAGGUUGCGGCAUUCUUUCUAGUCUGAUGAAAAAUGUCCAAGAGUAAAAAAGGUCGUGAAUUAGGUGGUGAAAAUGGGACAGGCCCUUUCGGGGAUCAGGGAAAGGUGAAUCAUAAGAACAGAUUGAGUCAGAAGCUGAGAAUUCUCCAGAGAGUAGCAAGCCUAUGCCUGCUUUGGCUCGGAUUUCCUCCCAACAACAAACCAGCACGGAGAGUUGCUAUGUGUGUAUUAGAAGAUGUGUAAAUACUGUAUUUCACAAUAUGGUUUUUAAAAUGUGUAGCUGAGACUUUUCUUAAGUUUUUUGUGUUUUCUUUUGUCAAGAUAAUAUUAUUUUUUUAGGUAAUUCAUACUGCUAACAGACCUGAUUAGAACCUCCUGUGGUAAGGGCUCAUAUGGCCUUGCAAUAAAACAACUUAAAUCAACAUAUUUUAUAUUGCAGACAUUUUACACAUUAUUGUACCUUACUGGUACUGCAGUGAAACUAAUCAUUUGACUCGUAUUUGUUCAAUUGCCUCUUUAUAAUGACAAAUCAGUGCUAUGGAUCACCCCAACAUUGUCUGGAAGUCCCAUAAAGAUCUUUACUUUUGAGGUUUGAAGAAUGAUGAUGGAAGAUUUUAGCAGCUGAUGGCAUUGAAGGGAUACCACAGUACGUGGCACUCUUCCUGUGCGGGGGAGUAUUGCUACAAUGAGAGGCUGCAGAAUGAGAGUGCUGCCUUGGCAUUGGAGAGGACUGGGCAGCCAGAUGAAGAACAGUAACUGCAAGUUUGAGCGACACAGUGGUGCAGCGGUAGAGUUGCUGUGUUGCAGUGUCAGAGACCUGGGUUCAACCCCCACUAUGGGUGCUGUUUGUAUGGGGUUUGUACGUUCUCCCCGUGACCACGUGGGUUUUCUCCGAGAUCUUUGGUUUCCUCCCACACGCCAAAGACGUACAGGUUUGUAGGUUAAUUGGCUUGGUAUAAGUGUAAAUUGCCCCUAGUGUGUGUAGGACGACGUUAAUGUGCAGGGAUCGCCGGUUGGUGCAGACUCGGUGGGCCAAAGGGCCUGUUUCUGUGCUGUAUCUCUAAACUAAGUUAAAAGUGGUUCAUUAUGUACUAGGGCAAUGGGGUCCUUGGUUAUCAGGUGUGUCUCUUAUAAGGAGUUCACUACAUGAAUGCCCGCACAUUGGGGAAGACUGCAGUACUGGAGAUACUGUGCCUGUUCCUAUGCGCUGCAGGUGAACUAAUGAAAUCUACUGUCCUCCAUUAUGACGUUUGAGCAACAUUCUUGCAUAACAGUGAUCAAUAACAAAAUAUGCACAGGCCAGCAACUGCAACUAAAAUUAUCCCAAGGCUAGGAAACUGAGAGUGGCUCCAUCAUCCAUGGCUAAAGCAAUUCAUCAUUUGUACAAAGCAGCAUCUGACAUUGCAGAAUGUCACAGACCUUGUUGAGGGCAAACAAAGUAGUUUGUUAGUCUUAGAUCAGAGAAAUUAGAAAUCACU